AUGGGUCUUAGUCCCACUACUAGCACACGGAGUGCUGGCCCAAUUUGCUACCGAUGCCACAGACUACAUUCCGGACUUCAUCUCAGAAGAGGUGCGGUGAUCACAACCGAAGCAAGUCUUGCAGGAACGCAAGUCAUUGUCCCAACCACCACUUUCAACGCCGGAGGUGGUGCCACAACGGCGAUAACUACCCCAAACGUAGCUACCACCACCGCCCCCGUUGAUACCAUCGGCUUCACGCCAGUCACAACGGCCAUAACCACUUUAGACGUAGCUACCGAUACUGCCCCCAUUGAUACCGUCGGCUUCACCCCAAUUACAACGGCAAGCAGUUUGGCUGGAACCGCGGUUAUAGUGACCACCGAGCCAAAUGGUGUCAUUUCUACGGUUUCACAGAUUUCUACCGUCAACGCCGGCGAACCAGCCACACAAGUCACGUCCAAUGCCCCGCCUGCUACUCAGACUCCAACGACAUUCGAGACUACACCAGCACAACCAGCACAAGAAACAAGUGUUACGACUUCCCCGCAAAUCGCAGUGACAUCAACCCCCUCGUUUCAAGCUUCCACCCCUCCGCAAAGUCCGGAGUCAGCAGAGACCACCACACUUUCAUCGCAGAGCCCAGAGACAAGCAUCACUACCGCGCAAACCGUCACCACAGCAAGUCCUUCAACAGAGCCCACUACUUUGACUACGACAGCUUCACAAAUAUCACAAACAAGUCCGCAUACCAAUAUUCCAAGCUCUGGAGCUCCUAUCGCUGGCACGUCCCAAAGGCCCUCCUCUUCGCAUGCGGUCUCUUCCUUACCCCAAUUGCCAUCUUUCUCCACGUCGUCCAUCCCAGGCCAAGAAUCUGUACCUACGACUCUCACUAGUACCGUUACGAGCACUAUAGUGGUUCCUGUUAGCACUUUGAUCGGGACUGAGUUGUAUACCUCCACGAUAGUCAUAACUUUGAGCAACUCGCCUGUCUUGACCACGGAGACUAUAGUUGAAUCAACUACAUCAGUCGCGCUAACCACUAUUACCACUCAAUUUCUAACGACGCCAACUACACUAAAAUGUUCAACUGUUGUAACGUCGUCACCAGUUGUGCAAACUGAAGGUUCGGUAAUUUAUUCUACAUUCAGCUCACCAACCACCACGGUAGCCAACAGUCAACAGGUCGUUACUGAGAGUGUCACGAAAUCUACUGUCUACACAGUCUCGAUCCCAACAAUUGUCACUACCUCAUCUUCAGUAGUUGUGACCUCUUACUCAACGAUCUCGGGUAUCACAGAAAUAUUAUCACCCAUUGUGACCACAUCUGCUGUUACGCUUACAACGAGUGCUGCUGUUACCUCUGUAGCGCUUGUGACUAAUGGAGUCACUACUUCGACCGUUUACACGUCUACUUUAACUGCCGCUGUUACGAGUGCACCGGUCCCUACUGACGGAAUUCAGCUACCAAGUACGUCAUCCAUCUACACAACCUACGUUGUGACGCUGCCCGACUCUACAUACACAUUGACACAUUUAGGCAACGUCGAAACAACCUUCCAAGCCACUCUGCCAACUACAAUCACGAGCGAAUUCCUAACAACGCUUACAAACGUCCAGUUGGCAACGUCAACCAUCACCCCAAGUGUCUUGUAUUCUAAUUCCAGUUCACCCCAAACUUUGGUGGUUUACGAGGCAGUUACACUUGUCACUCUGGACACCACAACAUACAGCUCUGAUGUUACUGCAGUGACUACAUCCACCUACCAAACAACGUCUCUCGAGACUGUGACGGUAACGGGUCAGCAGGUAACCCACGUGGCGCCUAUUUCCCCAGAUAUUUUGACGCUAAACAAACGCUGCCCUGACUGCGAUGUGUUGCCUAAGACUGUUUACCAGACUGUCAUAUAUGAAGACAUUAUUUCUUGUACGGCGUCCACAAGUAUCAAUAUUGUUCAUGCACCAACUACAGCAGUGAGUUACGACGUCAAGACCAGUUACUCAACAUUGACAACUGGCUAUGUGUUACAGCACGAGACUGAAUACACAACCGUAAUCACCUACACGACGUCAGCAUACGCUACAUCAGUGGCGACAAGUGCUAGUACAUACACGUCCACCAGGACCCUGACCGAGGGCACGUCGGCGAUUCUUUACAGUUAUGAGAUCGUUCCUGUGUCUACCAGCUACGUGACGGCAACCUCAUACGUUCCAUCAACGCAAAGCUAUGGAUGCAACCCUGUACCCGGAACGGCAUACACUGCAAGUUUUUCUGUCCAUUACAGCGAGAGUGUGAUUCCUGGUACUACUUCCACUUAUGCGGCAUCCUCCGUCCCCAUAAGAUCCACAUCCUAUUUGACAACCAGCGGAUCCCAUGCAGUGUCUACCGCUUAUUCAAGUACCAGCAUUGUCUCGUCAUACACCAGUGUUUCAGUGCCACCUGUCCCUGGCGUUUCAAUACAAUACUCCAAUAGUGCCCCCGCAGCUUUGAUCACACUUUCCUUUUACCAAGGAAUGCUCUUUACCGCAUUAAUCCUUGUUAUGAGCUCGUCGAUCCUAAUUUGA